AUGGCGCCGCGAAGGUCCAAGCCCGUUCCGCCACCACAGCCGACGCGUACGCUGGUCAUCGACAAUGGCGCACACACCCUCAAAGCUGGCUUCGUCACAACUGAGGCCAUCGAUGAGCCCGUCGUCAUCCCCAACUGCAUCGCUCGCGACAGGACCAGGAAGACCUACGUCGCGUCCGAUCUCUCCAAAUGCAAGGAUUUUGGCGAGAUAGCUUUCCGGAGGCCGGUAGACAAGGGCUACGUCGUCAACUGGGAGGCACAGAAAGAGAUCUGGGACCACGAGUUUUUCAACCAAGACGCGCCGCAGAAGUGUGAUCCUGCGGAGACCAGGCUUGUCUUGACUGAGCAGCCGAACUCGAUCCCGGCCUUGCAGACCAACUGUGACCAGAUGGUAUUUGAGGAGUUCGGCUUCGCCAGCUUCUAUCGCGGCAUAGCGCCGACAUUCAAUGCCUAUCACGAUGUCCAAGCCAUCUUUCGAACCCCUGAACGCGACCCGAAUGCUCUGAGCAAGCUUCCCGCCGAGCUUAUCCUCCUGAUCGACUCGGGCUACUCAUUCACCACUGUCACGCCUGUCUUUCAAGGCCGGCCCUUGCAAUCCGCCAUACGCCGACUCGACGUCGGCGGCAAGUUCCUGACCAACUACCUGACCCGCCUUCUAUCCCUGCGGCAUUACGACAUGCGAAAUGAUACCUACAUUGUAAACGAGAUCAAGGAAAAGGCCUGCUAUGUCUCGCUGGACUUCAAGGGGGAUCUAGAAAAGACCUGGAAAGGUACACGCGGCGAGAAACGAGAACCAUACGUGUCGGGAGCAGGCAUCGCGAAGGACUACGUCCUCCCAGACUUCCACACUCGCUCUGCUGGAAUCGUGCGUGAUUUUGAUCCCACAACGACCGCCAAACAACGCAAGUUAGCAGCCGCCGCAUCCAACGAGGAUAUCCUGACCCUGCGCAACGAGCGCUUUGUCAUCCCCGAGCUGUUUUUCAACCCAUCCGAUGCCGGCAUGCAGGCACCAGGUCUCGCUGACCUGGUGAAGCAAAGCCUAGAUGUGCUACCUGUGGGUCUGUGGCCCGGUCUCCUUGCAAACAUAGUCGUGGUUGGUGGCAACGCGCAGUACGUGGGCUUCAUCCAGCGCCUACAAAAGGAGAUUGUGCAACGGUUUCCGGACGAGACUAUUGUUAGAGUCGCAAGGCCGGCAGAUCCUAUCUGCAAUACUUGGUUGGGCGCCGCCAACUUUGCCAGGCAUGAGCACGUCGAGAGACUAGCCGUUACAAAGCAGGAGUACGAGGAGCACGGGGCUGCAUGGGUCGCCAGAAAAUUUGCUGUUGGCCUCGGUCAAGACUGA